AUGAGCUCCCCCUCCCAUCCCCCUAAUCCAUCCCCCUCCCAGUCCCCCUCCAACCACACCAACCAGCAGCCCUAUGCCAGCGCCAGUAGCUCAGCCCCUUCCCCGUCCCCCACCCGGGGGUCUUUCUCCCAACCCCCCUCUCACCCUGCCACCCCAAAUGCCUCACAGCCCUCUUCCCGGGCCUCCUCCCUGACCCCUGGCCCUCACGUCCAGCCUCGAGGGUCUACCCAAAGCGUCACUCCCCCCACCUCCAAACCUCCCUCCCAAUCUUGCUUAAAAUCUCUCUCUCGACACUCUUCCCAAACCCCCCCUGUGCCCGGCGCCCAGUCCCCAUCCCACAGCCCUGCACCCUCGGCCUCCUACAUCGGGCCCAUUCGGGGCAUCCCGCCCUACAUCGCCCCCUAUGUGCCCCACUUCCUGAAGGAGCCCCCCUUCUUCCAGCCUCCUACCUCACCACUCCCCCAAACCCACUGCUUCCCCUGCCCUUCCCAGAACCAAGAGCGCGCCCCCCCUGCAUCUCUCUACUUCCCUCUCCUCCCGCCCCCUCCCCACCACCCGGUCAGCUGCUCCUACCCAACUCCUCCCGCUCUGUUCACACCCCCCUCCUCUCUCACGUACACCCCGCCCUUGGAGGUCCUGGUGGGCGGGAAGCCGCACGUGGUCCCCACGGUGCUGCCCGCCACCUUCUACACCCCCUUCUCCCGCUACUACGCCCAGCCCCGCUCCUACCGGUCCACACACCGCCACCGUCCCGGCGCCUUUCCCCUCUCCUCACUCCCCAACGGGCCGUACGACGGCACCGGCCCCUCUCCCCACUUCUAUCGUGGGUCCUAG